GGUCCGUGGCUAUGAUCAUAUCGUAUUUCUAACCUCAAGUUUAUUUAGGCUUAAGGUUUACUUUAUCUUAGAAGCAAUUGCUUAAAAUGUAAACAUCUAAACUUGCAAAAUGGGUUAAAUUAUAAAUCAAAGUGAAAUGUUUUGAGCUUGCGUAGAAUGUUAUCUUGUCAGUUGCGCCACAAAACAAAAAUGGCAAGAGCAGAUACUAUGUGCAAUCAGUCGCUAAUGGAUGGCAGUGAUCGACCUUUAGAACGAGCAAUAGGUGAACCUGGUGACAUUAAAACUCAGUUUGUGACCAGAGAGGGGAUUUACAGACUAAUGACUUUAAGUGAAUAUUCCAGACCAAACAGAGUAACAUACCAACCACAGGGGCACACAGCACCACAAGUUCGUGUAUCUCUAGUAACUCUUGGUGAUCAAGGAGAUCGAAUUUGUUUUAAUCAUGGCAGAGAAUUGUAUGUUUAUGUUUAUAAGGGAAUUAAAAAAGCUGCUGACUUAAAUAAACCCCUUGAGAAAAAAAUUUAUAAAGGGACAAAUCCAACCUGCCAUGAUUUCAAUGUGGCUUCAGCAUCUGCUGAUAGUGUUAGCUUAUUAAUAGGUUUUAGUACUGGACAAAUACAACUAAUUGAUCCAGUUAAAAAAGAAUUAAGUAAACUUUUUAAUGAAGAAAGGCUGAUUGAUAAAACAAAAGUAACUUGCUUAAAAUGGGUGCCUGGUAGUAGAUCCCUGUUCCUCGCUGCCCAUGCGUCAGGCCAGUUCUAUGUUUACAAUGAAGAAUUGCCUUGUGGUUCCACAGCACCUCAUUACCAACCUUUUAAAGCUGGUGAAAAUUUUACUGUUAACACCUGUAAAACUAAAUCUACAAGAAACCCAUUGUUUCGUUGGCUGCUGGGCAGUGGAGCUGCCAUAAAUGAAUUGGCUUUUAGUCCUAAUGGAUCCCAAUUAGCUGUUGUUACACAAGAUGGUCUACUUAGGGUUUUUCAAUAUGACAGUAUGGAAUUGCUGGGGAUUGCAAGGUCAUAUUUUGGGGGUUUGCUAUGUUUGUCCUGGUCUGGAGAUGGUAGGUUGAUUGCUGUGGGUGGUGAGGAUGAUUUAGUAACAGUGUAUUCAAAUGAACAAAAACGAGUUAUUGCAAGAGCUCAAGGCCAUCGAUCUUGGGUAUCUGCAGUUGCAUUUGACUGGUAUCUAGAAGGUGAAUCGUGUUACAGAAUAGGUUCUGUUGGACAUGACACCCAAAUUUGUCUUUGGGAAUUGCCUGAAGAUAAUUUAGUACCACCACGACCCCGAACAAAACGGAGAUCAGAUCCAUUACAACUUGUUGGUACUUCUUCAUGUCCUAGGUUGGAUGAGUGUCCAAUUUUAGAACCAUUAGUGUGUAAAAAAAUUGCUCAUGAACGUUUAACAUCUUUAACUUUUCGACCAGAUUGUUUAGUUACUGCGUGCCAAGAUGGGUAUGUGUAUACGUGGGCAAGACCUAACACGUAGUUAAAUAUAUCAACAUUAUUUUUGUACAUUGCUUUUGUAAUAUACUAUUUUCCAA